UCAAUGGGCCAUUGAAACGUGUGCUUGCUUUCCGUUAUUUGUAUUGAAAUCAAGAUAAAGUGAUCGGUGCAGUGAGGCGUGACACUGGAGAAAUGACAGCCAGGCGACGGUCUCCGUUGGGGGUGGGUACAUGUUUGCAUAUACCCAGUAUAAGUGCGUCCUGACUCUACCUGACUGUUUGCAUUAGCAACACAGUCAAACAUGGCCGACGUCCAGUCACUGUCUUGUCACACACUGUGAUUUCUCAAAUCAUUUCUAUGAUUGAAAAAGUGAGAGUUGGAUUGUUUUGAGGAUAUGGAAUGAUCUCAAAGGGGUUUAUGUGUUUAAAAAGAACAUGUAUAAUGAGCUGAGAUUAGCUGAGAUGAGCUGAGAUGAGCUGAGCCUGAGAAACAAUGUAUGGAAUAUAUCAUGACCACCCACUGGAGCUCCGGGACCCCCGGGGGAGGAGGGUCAAAGAAAGGAAAAGGAGAGAGAGACAGAGAAAAUUGGAAGCAAUGCACAGAGACGAUGACAGUGACGACUCGCUAUACCACAGUGCAUUGCUGGACGGCCUUGACCUUGAUGGUGUUUUGGGUCAGCAAUUGGUCAUGUGGUCAUACAAAGACCCAGACACCCUCAACCUCUAUACACCAGUCAUCAGCGAUGACAUAUCCACGAUUCUACGGCUGACCAAGGAGACGCUUCAGUACGACCAACGAAUACACAAGCUGAUGAUGCUGAAACCAGGAACCAACCAUCCCAUGGACAUCUCCCAGUUCUACAAGGUGGAGCCUGGAGCUGCCAUCUUGAUAAUGCCCAAGGAGUUGGUGACGGUCAACAUUGAAAUAAAACAGCUGAACAUGAAAUUUGCAAUGGAGGUGGAAUUAUUUAUGACAGUUCUGCAGUUGAAGUUUCGACUCCAACAGGAGCGCGGCUUGUCCAUGGAGCGGCUUGAUUUAUUGUUCAAGGAUCAGCCAUUAGAUAAUAGACAAUACCUGUUCAACUAUAGGAUAGGGAAGAGUUCAACUAUCUUUGUCAUGGUGCAUAUACUGUAUGAUAUUUUAGUCCACGUUGAGACGUUCUGGGGCAGCACAUACCAUUUGUAUCUGGAUCCAUGCAUGACAGGCAUGAAUGUUAUUUGGACAGUGUUGCGACGAACUGUGACCAAGAACACCCCCGACAUCAUGGCCCUGUUUGACCUGUAUCUCCCUAAACACACUCUAGUAUUAUACCACAAGAGGAAGGUGGUCAACUGGAGUACCUGCCUUGGAUACUACCGAAUAGAUGACAAUGAUACAAUUAAACUAUCAACCAUCGGACUCUACCACAAACUGAGCCUUCAGAAAAUGCCAAUUACUGAUGAUGCAGGCAAAGUUCACACUGUCAAAGUGUCUCAGUUUGACCGAUGGUCGACAGUAGCUCUAAAAAUGCAUGGAAUCAUCGGGGUAUCUGUGAAUCUGAUCCGCAUCUUCAGAGGGGGCAGAGAGGUGGACUUUUCUGAAUCACUUAAGAAACAAACAUACAGGACACCACCUAUCACUAUGGAUUUAAGCUUAUCAAACGCAGAUCCAGAUAUUUUGUACGGAGUCUCGUUGAAGUUCAAACUGGGUGAUGAUGUGACUGAGAUCCUUAAAGUUUCAUCCAAGAGAUCUGUGCGAACAGUGAAAGCCAUUCUGGAACAACUAGGUGUCCCGAACGCUUCAGUGUAUGAAAUGUACUUGGGUGACUAUAAACUUUCAAAUAGUGAAAAGAUUGUGACAGCUGUGGAAGACCUCAGGACUCAUAUAGACCUGAAACUGACACAGUACCCAGUGUUCAUCCAUACAAACCAGAACGUCAUCUACAAAAUGCAUGUGUAUGCUCAGGAAACAGUAGCAGCCUUUAAGAAAAGGGUAGAGAUGAAGUCAGGGUUGUCCCUUUCAAACUACAAACUAACAUUAGCUGGUGAGGAGUUUGAUGAUGGGGAUGAGCUUGCUGUGUUUGAUACCAGAAUAGGAAUCAAAUCAUCUCUGUUCCUUAGGCCAAGGCUCCACUGUGAUGUCUUCUUUAUCUUAUAUGAUAACUACCUUCUUAAGGUGAAGGUACCUCCCAAGCCAAAAGGUAAAGACAUUAAACAGCUUCUAUGGAAAGAGAUGGCUCUCCCUUCAGGGGCUCUUGCUUCUGUAGGAACUUUUCUCCAAUGGUACUACACUGGCCGAAGCAGUCCCACAUUGGCUCAUGGUGGAAGAAGAGCUAGAGAAGCUCCUAGAGGGUACCAUUUUGUCGACCCCUCUGCAGCCUUGCGUCCACAACAGGUUGAGGACUACGAAGAUCUGCAGGAUGACAUGAGACGAUUCCACAGGAGGAAGGAAGAUUAUGAACAAACUUACCCCUACAAACCAGUGAAGGCUGAGGCUGAUCCUGUCAUGAAGAUGUUCUAUGAGAAGGAGAGGUUGUUUGAAAGACAUAAGGGAAGAUCGUUCUCCUAUCCUGCCAAGGUCUUCCCAUCUUACGAAUCAGUCAAACAGAAGAACAAACAUGCUAGGAAACUCAAAGGUCAUGGAUCAGCGGAUGACUAUGAGAGGAAGAGGCUGAAGAGGAGAGCUCAUGGCCAGCCUAGGUGGUACCACAGCUUGGAGAAGAGGAGGGACAGAAAGUUGGUAGCUCCUCGUGACAAGGAGGAAGCCUACUACUUAAAGAAACUAAGGAUGUGAAUAAGGCAGGUUCAAUGCUUAAAUUAGUCUUGGAGAGAGACACCAUCACAUCUAUCAAAUAUUUCUGAAGAGCUUCCCUCAACAUGGUACUUGAUUCAGUUUGACUCAAAAUCAGGGUAGGAUUGGUGGAGAGGGAUGGGUUGGUGGUCAGAGGUCAGUGGUCAGUGGUCAGUGUGGACUUGCUAUACAGAUCACUUCUGUUUGGUGUCCAUUAUUGUCACAAUGUGAGAAGCCUGUCCAUAUUAGUGCAAAUGUGAAACUACAAACAAGCUCAAGUAUUUGAUGGAUGGAAUCUUAGAUAUGAUAAAUCAAAGAUCAUUAACAUCAACUGCUGAAAGGUGAAGACAAUAUCAAGUGUGUGAAAACAUUUCCCGUAUUGGUGCACGGUCGGGAAUCAUUUCACCGAGGUCAAGGUCAAACCGUGAAGACAAAUUGAUGCCCACAUGGUGGAGGGUAUUGGAGGCUGAACUUGUGCAUGUGAGUCAUCAGUUGCUGGGAUUUAGUGCUUAAAACAUUCACAAUCCAUAGGACAUUUGUUCGAUGGAUACAAUGUGUUGUUAAAGUCAUUCUUGUGUUUUGUGUCAUGGCAUUGCAGGGAUAUUGCAAAAAGUGGUGCAAAAUUUUUUUUGUUUCUCUCACUCAUACAACUAUUAGCCAAUCCAAUAGUAUCAAAUUGUGCAGGGUUCACGUGAAAUGUCGAAACACAACAUUAUUUUUUACAUGUGCAAGAUGGGAACUGUUCAACACGUGAUUGCACCUACUUGCCCAAGUAAGUGUUCGGGAUUACAGACAACAUAUUGUGGUCUCCAUUGGAAUGGUUAUUGUAAAUCAAAAUAUACUAAGGUGAAAAUGAUCAAAAUAAACCGUGCUAACUUAUAAAAAAAAUAUAUGAGAUAAAUGAAAAAACUAGCAUUUUUUUUACUGGGUUCACAUUUCAUAAAAACUUUGUCAUUUCAUCUGAAUUAACAAUAAGUAUCAAAUCCAAUGUUGCAUUUCAAGAAAUGUGAUUGAUAAAGAAUGUUUGUUUGAUUCCAAUAACCUUUCCAAACAGAAGACCAGUGAUAGAUUCUAUGUUGUAUUUAGAACCUUAAGUCUCUAACAGGAAAACCAGUAUGAAUGUGUAAGAAACACAUGUUCAUAAAUAUAACAAAUGUGAACAGUGUGAGGUUAGACAUCUAGAUAUUCACAUUGUACUUACCUUGAUCUGAAUAGUAAAUAUGUAAAUAGCAUGUUAAUAAAUGUAAAUAAAUAUGA